AUGCUUAAUUCCUUUGUUCUAAUUUCAAUAGAUAUGUUUGACAGAUGGCAAGAGGACUGCGUGAAGGACGAUAUCGCUAUUCUUGUAUUGGAAGACGGUCUGUGGACCGUAAAAGAUGGCGAAGCUGUCCACUACAUUAAACAGCAGUCUUGUGUAUGCGACUCAAAGGUUAAUUGUGCAGCUCUUUUCUCUCCUUUCAUAGUCACCUGUCAUCUAUUUCAGAUCAACAAUCAUUGCAAGAAGUGCAAUGCCUGCGCUUACGCCUUUUUAUGCGAUUGCAUGCAAGAUGCGAAGGCAGGGAUAUCGUACGAGCAUGUCCACGCGUGUUUAAUGUACGCGCGCGAAGGGCUGUUCGACGAAGAAGUUCCCAUAGUUACUGACACCGUUGAAAACCGCGACGACGGUGCUCUAAUACCUGAGCAGUCGGACGGGCAGGAAGACGAUACUGCUGUGUUUGACAAGAAUAAAGAAAUGUUGCAAGAGUUCGAAUGUGUAAACGCUGGACUGCGUUCAAAGCUGGUGUCAUUAUCGAAAAUACAACAUAUACGAGUUCAAGACCACUUAAGGAAGAUGAUUGACCUAUUGAAGGACAUGGACGCACUGACCACCGCAGAGUUGGCUUUACACCGGCCGUUCCAUUAG